AUGAGGGCAAAAGGAGCAGAGAUGCCGGGGAAGGACUGUGUCAAAGUGGCCGUACGCGUCAGACCCUUCAACAAGAGAGAGAGGGACGCGGGCGGCCGCUGCAUUAUCUCUAUGACCUCCAGCACCAUCACCAUCCAGGACCCUCGGAACAGCCAGAGCCCACGCUCCUUCUGCUUUGACUAUGCCUACUGGUCCCACAGCGGCUUCACCAGAGACUGCUCUGGCCUGUACAUACCUGAGGAGCCUGGAGGACGAUAUGCUGACCAGGGUAGUGUGUUCCAGGACCUGGGGGAGGGGAUCCUGGAGAAUGCCCUUCAAGGUUAUAACGCCACCUUGCUCGCCUACGGGCAGACUGGCUCCGGGAAGAGCUACUCCAUGGUCGGGUAUGGACCCAACAAGGGCCUGGUGCCCACCCUCUCUGACAAACUGUUUCAGGCCAUCAGGGCCAACCAGGACAGCCGACAGUGCCAGGUCUUUUUCAGCAUGUUGGAAAUCUACAAUGAACAGGUGGUUGACCUGUUGUCACGGGGGUCUCGGUCUCCGGGGGGACUGCGUGUCCGAGAGGAGCAGCAGAGAGGCUUCUAUGUGGAGGGGCUUCGCAGGGUCCCCUGUGACAGCGCCCCACAGGUGGAGCAGCUGAUGGAGCAGGGGACGAGGAUGCGCACCACAGCCACCACACACAUGAAUGCCAACAGCAGCCGCUCACACAUGCUCAUCAUCCUCCAGCUCAAACAGAUCUUCUCUGAGGAGAGCAUCACCAAGCAGUCUAACAUCAACCUGGUGGACCUGGCAGGCAGCGAGAGACAGCGGGUGUCAGGUUCCGAGGCCGACCGGCUCAAAGAGGGCACAGCCAUCAACCUCAGCCUCACCACCCUGGGCAACGUCAUCAGGUCAGGGAGAGAUCUGCCCUCCACGCCAACAUGUCACCAAAAACUCUUUCUAUAUUCAUAUAUUUUAUCCAGCACUGCUUUUUGUAUUCCGACUUCUCUCAUCUCCUCUCCUUCCUCCUCCUCCUCCUCUUCCUGCAGUGCCCUUGCUGAUGUAGCGGUAGGGAAGAAAGUCGUCCAUAUCCCAUAUAGAGACUCUGUCCUCACCAAGCUGCUGCAGUCUGCCCUGGGGGGGAACAGCCGUACUGUCAUGAUUGCAGCCCUGAGUCCAGCUGAUAUCUGCUAUGAAGAGUCUAUCUCAACCCUGCGAUAUGCAGAAAGGGCAAAGCGUAUUCAGAACCGUGCGGUGGUGAACGAGAGUCCCACGGAGCGCCUGGUGAAGGAGCUGAAGGCUGAGAACGCCAGGCUCCUGCAGAGACUCAGCCGCCUGGGACAGGAGGGACGCAGGGCAGAGGACGAAACCAAGGAGCUGCGUCGGCUGUUGACCCAUAACGAGCUGCAGAUCAGAGCCAUCCAGACGCUCUGGGAACAACAUCUACAGGAGGCCUUGAAGGACUGGGAGCAGCAGUAUGCGACUAUCACACAGGAGCGGAGGAUGAUGCAGAUGCAUCCGUACAUCCUGAACAUCAACGAGGAUACUCAGCUGUCGGGGGUGGUCAAGCUCUUCAUCCAGGAGGGUGAGUGGGAUAUAGGGCUCUCUGACUCUUCACCCAGGUCCAUCUCAAUCAGGGGCCUAGGGAUCCAGGACCGUCACGCUGUGUUCAUUAACGUUCAGCGUAGGGUGUACCUGACCCCACUGGCGGGGUCAAAUGUCAUUGUCAAUGGAACACCCAUCUCCCAGAAGACCGAGCUGCAGCACCUGGACCGACUCAUCCUGGGUUCUAACAGCACCUACCUGUUCAUUGGCUACCCAUCUGAGAGGGGCGGGGAUGACUGGAGUCGCUAUGACUACGACUACUUCCAGUCUGAACUGGCAGCCGCUGAGGGCAUCAACCUCCACUCACUGUGUGACUCCAGUGCAGUCCCCAGUCAGACCGACCCCAGUCUCCUGGCUGUUUUCUAUGACUACAUCAAACUGAUGCCCAUGGUGGCUGAGGCCAACCAGAUGAGCCAGGAGCUACACAAGGGGGUGGAAUUUAAACUGGAGAUUAAGAACCUGGCGUUAUCAGACUCUAAAGGUCAUGACUUGCAGAAGGAGAUCGCUGUCAGAGUGACAUCACUGGAAAACAAACAGGUGUGGCUCUGGUCCAAGGCCAAGUUUGUGAACCGUAAGUUCCUGAUGGAGGAGUUGUAUCAGCAGCACCAUACGGAGCGGAAUGGAGAGGGGACGGCCAGGGCACCCAUGCCCAGAGACAGAGACCCUUUUUGGGAUCCGCUGGAGCCCCUGCUCUUGGGCAGUGCCCACCUCUGGCUCCAGUCUCUAGCUUUCCGUAUCGCACUGGAGGAACAGCUGGAGGUAUUGGGGUCAGAGGGCACUGAGGAGGCCAUACUGCAGGCCCAGCUUCUACCAUGCAGCCCCACAGGACUGACUCUGGGGGAGGAUGACAUCCUGAUCGACCCCUCUGAGCUACUGGGGAGACGGCUGGACUUCCAGCUGGUCCUGGAUCAGUGCUGUGGCCUGCGCUGGGUCCAACAGGCCAGGAACAGGGGCGUUCAGAUAGGGUUCAGGAUGUUCGACAGUGCCCAGCCCCUCUACACUCCGGCCGUGUGGCACAAUGUCAACCCCCUGCUGGACCAGCGGGUCCACUUCACCUCUCUGCACACCUCCCAAGGCCUGCUAGAACACCUGCAGACCAGCGCCCUAGUGCUGGAGCUCUGGGGCCUACAGGAGGGAUGUAGAGACAUGGUGUCGUCUCUGGAGGGAGUGAGGAUGACUUCAGAGGGAUGCUUCAUCAUCGACCAGGCUGGCGCAACUGAGACAGCUACUCUGAGCUGCUCUCUGAGGGCUCUGCAGCAGGAUGUAGAGGAGUUGAGGAACACCAACGCUGCACUGAAAACCGAGAACAACACACUGAGGGAUCAGCUCAAUACAACUAGGACCGGAGCAGAGUGGGGUCGUGGUCGGUCAGAGGUGCGGGGCAGCAGUCUGCGGCCCAGCUGUGAUGCAGAGUUCGCCCGCGCCCUGAAGGUCUUCUACCACAGCAUGACCUCUGUCAGGGUUCAACUGCAGCGCCUGCGCAGGCACAGGCCCAGUGAGGAGUCAGAUCUCUUGGGGCUCAGGCUGUUUGUGGAUGAGCAGGGUGGUCUGCUGCGUGAUUUCUCAGAGCUGCUGGAGCAGAGCGUCUCCUCUCUCAAACAGGAUGUGGCCGCCAUUGUACGACGCAAACGGGAACGCUCAGGAAUCUGGUCCUGA